AUGUCUGUCGUUUCUCUUUUGGGAGUUGAGGUGUUGAACAACCCGGCAAAGUUCACCGACAAGUACGAGUUUGAGAUUACAUUCGAGUGCCUCGAGCCUUUGGAGAAAGAACUCGAUUCCCUGCUCGUGGGACCUAUCCCCGUCGGUGUGAGCAAGUUCCCCUUCGAGGCAGAAGCGCCCGAUACGAAGCGGAUUCCCGACUCCGAUAUUCUCGGCGUCACCGUGAUCCUCCUCACCUGUGCCUACGACGGACGCGAAUUCGUGCGACCCAUCAUCGAGAGGGUCAAGCGCAACAUUCUUGCCGAAAAGCCCAGGGUCACCCGCUUUGCCAUCAAAUGGGAUUCCGAGGCCUCUGCACCCGCCGAAUUCCCACCCGAGCAGCCCGAGGCAGACCUUGUGGCAGACGAGGAUGAAUAUGGUGCCGAGGAGGCUGAAGAAGAGGAAGCCGAGGUUGAAGCCGAGGUGAAUGGCGAGGAUGCAGCUGGCGAUGCGAACAUGGCCGACGCUGACGCGGAAGGCGCCGCCAAGGAAGAGGACGAGCUUUCGGACGACGGCAGUGUCGAUAUCGAGGGAGAGAGUGAGGAUGAGGAAGAGGGUGAGGAGGAGGCGGAAGAGGGCGAUGCUAUGGAUGAAGAUGCCAUGGAGGUUGAUGAGGGGGCCAAGGCGAGCGGCCCUAAGGCCGCCGAGGUCGUCAUGUCUCAUUAG